GGAGCGUUGCCUCCAUCCACCGGCGCCGCCCGGUUUCAACCUAUCACCCCCUCUGCUCUGCGCCCCUCCCGUGCUGCUGAGACUACUCCACGCAUGCGACGUGAUUCUCCUCUUUCAGUAAGCGACACACAAGCCCGCCGCCCACUAUGGCAGAUGACGACUUCUCCACCGCAGAUGCUGGGGCCUCAGCUACGUUCCCGAUGCAGUGCUCUGCACUGAGAAAGAACGGCUUUGUUAUGCUGAAAGGACGUCCCUGUAAGAUAGUUGAAAUGACUACCUCCAAGACUGGAAAACACGGGCAUGCCAAGGUGCAUCUUACUGGACUUGACAUCUUUACUCAGAAGAAGUAUGAGGAUAUCUGCCCCUCUACUCACAACAUGGAUGUUCCCAAUGUGUCAAGAAAAGACUAUCAGGUAAUUGACGUCUCAGAUGGUUUCCUGGCUCUGAUGCAUGACAAUGGAGACAUGCGGGAGGACCUCAAAGUGCCAGAUGGUGAGCUGGGCAAAGAAAUCGAGAAAAAGUUCAGCGCUGGAGAACAGUUUAUGGUGUCUGUGUUGAAAGCCGUAGAUGAGGAGCAUGUAAUCGGCACUAAGAACAUGACUAAUUAGACCAUGACAGCAUGACAGGAGACCUCAGCUUCCUAUUGUCCUAUAUGGUUUUGAAGCUUCACCAAAGCUGCUGGCCUUCACCCCCCCAACCCCCUCCCCUCCCAAUUUCAGCUGAAAUUCUGAAAACUGGACUCAGUCGGCUUCAGCUGUACUUCAGGCUCAGGCCAGUGUGGCAUCCCUCUCAGUCCUUUCAAAUGUAUCACAACAUUCCUCUAACUGUGGAAAAUUACUCUGGGGAUGCUUCGUUUUUUUUUUUUUCACACCAGCUAGCUGACUUCAGUAUCUCUGAAACCCACCUACUGUACUUUAGCUCCCUCGGACGAAACUGCAUCUCCACCGUCUUUCAACUUUGCAUAAACACCGCAUUAAUCCAUUAAGUCAUCGAGUUAUGCCUAUGCACACAGUUACCACACCCCCAACAUUCACACGCACACAGCUCACGCCUUAGCAUCUAUAUGUUUAUGGAGGGAGCCAAGUUUUCUUUUCUUCUGCACUCGCACUGCAGAUGUGCAGGCAGGUUUUUCUACUGCAUGUAGCCCAGUCCCAAGGUCAGUGUUUUCCAGCCGACAACUGUGCUGUCUCAGCAGCCCAACAGGCUGGAGCAGAGGAGGCUGGGGCGGGGCAGUUCUCUCCUCUAUGCUAUGAAACUUCCUUUUUCACUUGAGGCCUUCACAAGCUGACAAAUAUAUAGACAUUAUUUUGAAGGAACAAACGUGAGAUCGCCUAUAAAUAUACAACUAAAUGUUAGCAAAUGCUAUCUAAAGCAAGCUGCAGAAGAUUAGAUGGGGGUGGGUAGCGAAAUAAAGGUGGAAACGCUAACAUUUUAAGAACUGCAUGAAGUUUAGGGGACGUAAGGAAUAUUGGGUCGCUGCUCGGUGGCUGCUGGAGUUGUAGAAAACACAUUUUGUGCGGUUUGCACUCUCAGAUAUGACUGCACAGUGGCUCCUAGAUUUGUAUGAAAUGAUGCUGCAGUCCUUUAUUCUGUUACAUCACCUACACUGUUAUGGAUGACGGUAGACCGUAGCAGGACAUGUUAGUGCUUUGCAGAUAAAUUGAACUUUUUCUCUCUUUGUUACAUUACAACCACACGUGUUAAUCUAUCUUGUGGAUGCUUUUUUUUUUUUUUUGGGAUGGACCAACACAAAGUAGAGCGUAAUUAAAAUCUGCAGACCACGAGACCAGCUUGCUAGGUUUCAUGACCCUACUGAAGAAGAUGGGGGGGGGGGGAAGAGAACGGCAUGAUCCUGCCACCGCCGUGGUUUACAGUGGGGAUAGUGCGUUCAAAGUUUUAUGCAAAAUGCUACGUUAGGCUGAAACCUUCUUCUUUUUUUUUUUUUUUAAUAGCUCUAUCAGAGUGUUUGGGGAUCAGUUGAAAAACAUGUCACACUAUUGAGAUCUUUCUUUGUAAAAGAUAAUAAAAGCCAUGUAUCCUUUCCAUUCCACUGCACAUUUCUGCACUGCCUUGUGUUGGUCUGUCGAAUAAAACCCCAAUAAAACCAAAACACUGAGGUUUGUAGUUGUAAUGUGACAAAACGGACAACGCAUCUGUAAAGUUUUGGCAAGGUGCUUCAUCCAUUUGGUUACUAAAGACCCUGCAUUUCCAAGCAUGUCAGAUUUCCCCUACCUCCUAAUAAAAAAAAAAAAAAAGAAUUAAUAGCUCGGGAGCACUGUAGCCUAAAGAAUUGUAGUUGUUUACAUUGCUCUUAUAGAAAAAAUAAAUGUUUUGAAGACGCUCAUCUUUAGGGACCGCAUGUGCUCAAAAAAGACCAGUAGCUGCCACUGAGAUGUGGGAAUGACUAAUUUUAGACUUAGGAAAGUUCUGCAGUUGCACGAGCAAGAGUAAAAGCAAUACUUCAAAGUAAAGUACUUUCUAAGUUUAGUUUUUUUUUUUUUUUUAAAUCCUCUUAAAAGUAAAAAAAAAACAAACCCAC